CCAGGCUCUCUCCACGAGGGAGUCACAGUCAGUCAAGUGGUAAUGCGAGUAGUCAGUUUUUCUACAGACUGCGCGGUGAAUGUUUCGUUAUUUUAUCGCGCUCUAUAUAAAUAAUUUCCCUUUUUUUUCUCACUCCAAUUUUUUUCAUAGCGAUCAUGUGACAAAAGAAUAAUAAUAAUAAUCAAAAAUCUAAUUCCCCUGUGGAAUUCAAGGGAUCUAUCGUGCGCCAGCUGCUAAAAUUCAUCGUCGCGAUUUGAUUGGUCAACGAGCAUUAAAAAAAAGAAAAUAAAAGAAAUUAUCAUUGUUCGCCUCUCUGUAAAGCGACGGCAAUAUGUCUUCGUUUGUCGACAACUCUGGCACAAGUAACUCUCUCAUUCCCAGCAAUGGAUACUUUGCAAAUGGUUAAAAUUUAAUUCCUACACUGGCCUUGAACAUAGGUAUUAGGAAUGAGGGUGGUUUGGGGACCAUGGUGGUUGAUCUUGGCCGGACUGUUAGUCAUCGGAGAGUCAUCGAAUUCGCGUGUUCUUCAAAAAAGAAAUGUCGUCUGUCCAUCUGGUUGCAAAUGCGAAAACGAAGAAUGGCGACUAUAUUGCGAGGAUCGCAAUUUCAUGGGUCUCGAAUUAUUCCCAAGUGUUCGCGAUGUGAUAUUAAAGGAUGUACGCGCAUCGACAGUAACUGCAAAUUCAUUGAAAAUCAACACCGAACUUCGCCAUCUCACAUGGACGCAAAGCGCAAUCAAAGCAAUAGAGAUCGGUGCAUUUCAAAGUACCGUGAAAUUAGAAACAUUAAAUUUAGGUGACAAUCGCUUAACAGAAUUUCCUAGCAAUCUAUUUCAUCCACUGCAUUCACUUCGUAUUCUCAAUUUAACUGGCAAUAAUUUUGUCAGCCUUCAACGAACCUGGUUUCAAAGUCUCGACUUCCUCGACGAAGUUCAUUUCGCCAACAAUAAACUUGCCGUGAUACCAUAUCAAGUAUUCGAGCCAGCGUGGUCAUUGCGUGUCAUUGAUCUCGCCGGUAAUAAAUUGGUAUCCCUGCCCGAUCACAGUUUCCGGCCAAAUAAACAUUUACAAGAAAUCGAUCUCUCAUCGAAUCGUCUAAAACGAUUACCAUCGCGCCUCUUUUCAGGUCUCUCAAAUCUUCGCAUUCUAGGACUAGCAAAUAAUGAAAUUGACGUUCUGCCGCGUGGCUUUUUCACCGAAUUGAAAAAUCUCGAACAAUUGGAUUUAUCCGGUAAUCCCAUUAAUCGUUUGAUGGACAUCACCUUCCAGGGUCUUGGAAAUCUCCAAGGACUAAGUUUGAGUCGCACUCAAGUCAAUAAUUUCCCCCCAGGUGUUUGGAAGCAUGUGCCGUCUUUGAGAAAUCUCCUCAUUGAAGACAAUAAAAUAGAGAUCAUCAGCAAUGGAGAUUUGUUGAAUUUGAAAAAUUUGGAAAUUCUCAAAAUGACAAAUGGUCCAUUAAGGGAAAUUGGAUUACGUUCACUGGACGAUGUACCAAAUCUCAGGAGAAUUGAUCUUCGCGAUAAUGAUCUCACAUUCCUGCCGGCAAAUUUGGCGAGUUUAAAGAAACUCGAGGAAUUGCAAUUACAGGGCAAUCCAUGGGCCUGUGAUUGUCGAAUGUUUUGGUUUGUACGUUGGGCCGAAUAUCAUGCACAUAGAACUGCAUUUGAUUCUGGAUUGCGAUGCUCACAUGAAUCGGCAACAAUUGAUACAAUACAAGCUCUACGUUACUUAAAUUGUACACCACCAACAUUAUGGCGAACAUCUGGUAAGGAACUUCACGUUCUUCGUCAUCCAGUUCUACUUGAAUGUGAAUUCAAUGGAAAUCCAGCGCCAGCCUUAACUUGGGUUACACCGAAAUUAAUAACAUUUCAUUGGAAUCCCGAUCCUGCAUUUCCUGACACAUUCGUUCAACAUCCUCAAGCGCAUCUUGUCAAUGAACCGCAGAAACCCUUCACAAACAAUAGAAUACGCUUACUUGAAAAUGGCUCACUUUAUAUUAGUCAUUUGCUCAGAGAGGACGUUGGACUUUAUAAAUGUUUUGCGAUGAAUCCAAUAGCAAAUUCAACGACUUAUGUUACUCUUUAUAUGGAUCCAGUUACUUAUUACAACAUUAAGAUUCUCAGUUACGUUGUGGGUGCUGCCAGCGCGGCUGGAUUUCUACUUCUAACAUUAUUCGUACAGUUCCUACGAUAUCUUUUUUUCAAAUGUGGUUUGGAGAAAUGGUGUCUCUGCUGUAGGCACGUGGGUGCAACGCCACGGGCAAAACAAAUUUAUCAAAUGCUGGACAAUAUUGAAAAUUACAAAAGUCAGCAACUUGAGAGGUUACGGGAGAAUUAUACCCAACAAGUGCACAGAAUUAAGGACAAUUGCGCUCAGCAGGUGGAAUGGAUCAGAGAGAGUUACGAGGGUCAAAUGCGUCACAUACGCGAUAUUCGGGAUUACGGAACAAAUCACCUAACAACACUACGUGAUCAAUAUUACGAACAGGUGAAACGAGUGCGUGACUAUUCAACAGGUCAAUUGAAUUGGGUGCGUGAAAAUUACGUCUUCCAGCGGAACAAGAUAAGGAAAUUUAGUGCUCAUCAAGUGCUUCGCUUACGAGAAAGUUGUAAAUAUCAACAACAAACAUUAAAUAAAGUUCUCGAGAAUUUGCCAAAUCUUUAUUUCGACAAUUGUCGAAGUGGUUCAUGCGGGAAAAGUGAAUCGGCAGUAUUUGAUCCGAAGAAUAUAAGUACAGCAGAGCUUGAUAUUUAUUUUAAGGCAAAACUCGAGGAUCUCGCGGCAGGUGGUAGUCUUGAUGAUGUUAACAGUGAAUAUUAUACACCAACAGAAUUAUCAUCGUCAAGUCCAAGGGGACAAUUUUUACUCGAGGAAAUUCAUAUAAAUUAUAUUGAAACUGGUCCACCGCCACCACUCGAUCCACCGAUAGGAUCAUCAAAAUUAUUUCUCCAUUGUUUCGAGGAAUUUGGUAGUACAACGACAAUUGAUCAUGGUUCCGAAUAUGAUAGACCAAUGUUUCGUGGUGCUAGCGCUGAAUUCCUCGCCAAAGAAAUGAAAGCAACGCCUGAAGUUCUAAGUCUCCUUGCACCGAGUACGAGCCUUCCUGAUCUACCAAGGGAGACAACACUCUAGUCUAGACAACACAUCAGUUUUUCAUUACUACAAAAGAAAAAGAAACAUUAAUCAAUGCUGUGCAAGACUAUUUUUUUUUUAUUUUGCUUCGGGGAUUUUUAUUAGUUUCUAUAAUUAUUAUUAUAAUUUCUCUUUUGUGGAAAGAAGAAUGAAAUGUGACAGUGUUUCAUGUGCAUUGUGUGCUUCCUCGCGAGUGUCAACUCCUGUUUUUUUCCCCUUUUUUUGACAAGUACCUGAGAGAAGUGUACAAAGGAAAAUAAGAGCGUUGUGCCAAGAAACAAUAAUUGAUGCAUCGACAGUGUGUUUGUGUGUAAAAAAAAAUGAAGGAAAGAAGAAAAAUUGCCAGACAGUCAAGGAAAUAUUUUUCAAAAAUAAACAAAUCGCGAGAAAGAGAGAGAGAGAGAACACCUCCCUUAUUUAUCAAUUUCGCAAAAUCUUUUCUAUCAAAGGAGAAAAAAUUCGCAAUUUCUCUUAUGACUGCUUAUAAGUGGGCGUGACAGAAGACUGACUUUUAUUUCGUUUCGCAUUCAGCGAAUCUUCCUAAAUAAUUUUCUUUUCUCUCGUUUAUCAUAAAUUUAAAAGAAAAUAACAACAAAAGGCGAGUGCUAAAGAAAGUUCUCUCUUCACACCCUCAGGACUCUCGUUAAACGAGUUUUAUUACUCUCUUUUAAACAUAGUGCUUGUAAGAUUGUUUGACAAAUGAAAAAAUAUAUUUGAUUAUUAAUAAUUAAAAUAAAUAUUACGAAUUGAUAAAAAAAAA